AUAUAUAUAUAUAUAUGGUCAGAUCAUCGUGAGCACACACCACAGAACUCAGAUCGAGCUACUGUAAGUUAAGAAAAGGGACAUUCACUCCAUUUAUACCAAAUUAAAAUAUAGAACACGGAAAAUACAUUUGUGAUUUUAAAAAGUAAAUAUAUUAUACAAGAGGAUCGCAAGAUGAGUCGCUUUGUGUCAGUUUCCCCCCUCGUAAAUGAUGGACGCCAAUCAAACACUAUUCCUGUGAAGAAAGAAGCAUCUGCAUCACUUUCAGAUGAGUCUCCAGUGACCAUGGAUAAACCAGUGUGCUUCAUUGACACGGACUCAGAUGGGAAGCUGUGUGUGCAGCAGUCAGCACUGCAGAUCCUGCAGCAGAUCCAGCAGCCGGUGGUGGUGGUGGCCGUGGUGGGACUCUACCGGACCGGGAAGUCCUACCUGAUGAACCAUCUCGCUGGAGAACAAACAGGGUUUGCGCUGGGCAGCACAGUUGAGUCCAAGACGAAGGGCAUCUGGAUGUGGUGUGUGCCCCAUCCCACCAAAGCAGGAACCACUCUAGUGCUGCUGGACACAGAGGGACUCGGAGACGUGGAUAAGGGAGACCAAAAGCAUGAUAUCAACAUCUUCUGUCUGGCUGUGUUACUCAGCAGUACUCUGGUCUACAACAGUCGAGGGACGAUUGAUAACAAGGCUAUAAUGGAGCUGCAAUAUGUGACUGAACUAACAGAGUGCAUCAAGGUCAUAUCACCAGAUGAGGAUGCUGAUGAUUCAAGUGAAUUUGUGAAGUUCUUCCCUAGUUUUAUCUGGGCUGUGAGGGACUUCACACUGGAGCGAAAGGUCGAUGGCAAAGAUGUAACAGAGGAUGAGUACCUAGAUUUUGCUCUGAAGCUGAAACAUGGUAAUUUAAAAUACUGCAAAAGGCUAUUUUAAGAGUCCUCAUAAUCACUAUCGCAACUAGUUUUUUUUACUCUACUGAAUUGUCCAGUAGCUCAACCAGCUACACUCCUA